CUUUGGAGCUAUUUUGAGACAUACUUUCCCUUGAAUGCCAGGUGGGUGGAAAGACGGGCACCUCUCACCUCUGCAUACCCAAGACAAGGAGUGUGACAUUCAAGCCAAUGGAAUGUGGAAAGAGGAUUUGCCUUGCAGAUGGUUGAUCUUGGCAUUAUUUCAGGAGGAAUCAAGUUACUGCUGCUGCCUAAUCAUAUCACAACGGAGUUAAAAUUUCCAACAGUUGCUGAUUAGGUUCAUAACCUAUGUAAUGUAUUCCCAGGACCUAUGUGAAUCUCCACAGCUGUUUGUAAAUGGAAUCAGUUCACACGAUCUAAACCAAGGGGAUCUGGGGAAUUGCUGGUUUGUAGCUGCCUGUUCCUGUUUAGCCCUUCGGGAUGGUCAGUGGCAAAAGGUCAUCCCAGACUGGAAGAAGCAGGACUGGGACUCAAAAAAUCCAAGUAAUUAUGCAGGCAUCUUUCACUUCCGGUUUUGGCGCUUUGGUGAAUGGACUGACGUUGUGAUAGAUGAUCGUCUUCCAACACUGAAUGGCAAGCUCCUGUUUUGUCACUCGAAUUCCAAGGAAGAAUUCUGGAGUGGAUUAUUGGAGAAAGCAUAUGCAAAGCUGGCAGGUUGCUAUGAAGCUCUGGAUGGAGGAAAUGCGGGCGAUGCCAUUGUUGAUUUCACUGGCGCAGUGGCAGAAACCAUAGACGUGCAGAAUGCCAACUGUGCAGAAAGCAAAUUCAGUUAUGUGAAGCUAUUUGAGAAGCUGUCAAAAGUUUACAAGCGAGGAGGGAUGAUUAGCUGUUCCAUCCAUGACAGAGUUAACAGGAAGGUGAUGGCCAGCAAGUUGCAUGGACUGAAGACAGAGCAUUCGUAUUCUGUGACAAACAUGCAAAGAGUCCGUCUGGGUAACACUCCGGAAAAGGUGUUUAUGAUCAAAAUGAGGAACCCAUGGGGAAAAGUCGAAUGGCUGGGCCCUUGGAGUGAUAAUUCACAAGAAUGGAAGAAAGUGACAAAAAAGGAACUUAAAAGAAUUGACGUUGAUGUUAAGAAUGAUGGUGAGUUCUGGAUGGCAUUCCAAGACUGGUGUGAACUCUUCACCAAUGUAAUUUCUUGUCGGCUGAUAAACACGUCUUUAUGGAGUAUCCACAAGACCUGGGAUGAGGUGAUACUACGCGGGGCCUGGAAAAUUCAUGAAGAUCCAUUCUUGAACCGUGCUGGAGGAUGUACAAAUUAUCUGGACACUUUCCUGCAAAAUCCCCAGUAUGUCUUUGAUGUGACAAAGGAGGAGGACGAGGUACUCAUUUCACUGCAGCAGAGAGACAAACGUGUCCACAGGAUGGAAGGCAAGGGCAUGAACUUGAUCAUCGGCUUCAGCAUCUUCCAGGUGGAACUUAACCGCGAGUACAGACUGCACAGUUUCUUUAAGAAAGUAUCAACAUCGGAUUACAGUGCAAAUCGCAGUAUUUUCACGCGAACUGACCUGAAGAAAGGGCGCUAUGUCAUUAUUCCAACUACGUUGGAGCCAAAUAAAGAGGGUGAUUUUCUGCUGAGAGUCUAUACAGACAAGACUUCUGGAUGCAGGGAAAUGACCUUAGAUAAACCAGAGGUGACAUGCUGGAACAUCAUUGUGCGUUAUCCACGGAUUGUCACAAAGCUACUCCUUCACGGUGCAAGAGAUCUCCCAGUGCAAGAAUCCUCUGGAGGAGCAAACCCAUACGCAGUAAUUAAAUGUGAAUUUCGCAGCGUACGUACUGCUGUCUUUGAAAACACGCUGAAUCCACAAUUUGACUCCAGCGUAAUAUUUUACAGGAAGAGCCCUACCCUUCCAAUCAUCAUUCAGAUUUGGAACAGCAACAGAUUUUAUGAUAAGUUAAUGGGGGAGGUGACCCUCGAAGGAUCCCAAGAUAACCCCAUCACUCAACAGACCUUGCAGCUUCAGAACAAGGGCCAGCAGGAAGGCGAGACGCCAGGCAGCAUCACCAUCACUGUCAAGAGCAGCAACAACCUGGCAGCAUUCUGAAAUGCAAAGGCUGCCAAGAUAACCACAUUGCAGCUGUGCUUCAAACACAUCCUUUUUAUUCCUCCCAGAACAGAGUGCAGAGAUUUAAACAACGGCUUAUGAAAGAACCUGUCAACACCUACUUCCCUUCCUCUCCAACCCUCUAACCAUCACAAAAAAUGUUCCAAGUAUGUGACUUAAGAAAAAAAUUUCUUAAUUAUUAUCUCCAAUAGCAAUAGCCAAUCACGUUCUGUGUUGCAAAUCUAUUUUUAACCCAUUUCUGAUAAUCAGUAUGCUACGCAAAAUGCUGAAACAUAUGACUCGACUUAUUUCUCUCUUUAAAUUUAUAGAAAAGAUUUUCUUUACCAACAUAUCUUUAUAAGGCAUUGGUCAGACCAAAUAGAACAUAGAAUAGUACAGCACAGUUCAGGCCCUUCGGCCCACAAUGUUGUGCCGACCCUCAAACCCUGCCUCCCAUAUAAGCCCCCACCUUAAAUUCUUCCAUAUACCUGUCUAAUAGUCUCUUAAACUUCACUAGUGUAUCUGCCUCCACCACUGACUCAGGGAGUGCAUUCCACACACCAACCACUCUCUGAGGUAAAAAACUUUCCUCUAAUAUCCCCCUUGAACUUCCCACCCCUUACCUUAAAGCCAUGUCCUCUUGUAUUGAGCAGUGGUGCCUUGGGGAAGAGGCACUGGCUAUCCACUCUAUCUAUUCCUCUUAUUAUCUUGUACACCUCCAUCAUGUCUCCUCUCAUCCUCCUCUCCAAAGAGUAAAGCCCUAGCUCCCUUAAUCUCUGAUCAUAAUGCUGUAAAUCUGGAGUAUUGAGAGCAGUUUUCGGCCUCCUAUCUAAGAAUGGAUGUGCUGGCAUUGGAGACGGUCCAGGGGAGGUUUAUGAGAAGGUUUCUGGGAUGAAAGGGUUAACAUAUGAGGAGAGUUUGAUCACUCUGAGCCUGUACUCACUGGAGCUUAGAAGAAUGGUUUGGGGAGAGGGGGAGAAUCUCAUCAAAAUCCACUAAAUAUUGGAAGGCCUAGAUAGAGUGGAUGUGCAGAGGAUGUUUUCAAUAGUGGGAGAGUCUAGGACCAGAGGGCAUAGCCUCAGGACAGAAGUAUGUCCAUGUAGAACAAAGAUGAAGAGGAAUUUAUUUAGCCAGAGGGUGGUGAAUCUAUUGAAUUCAUAACCACAAACUGCCAUGGAGGCCAAGUCAUUGAGUAUUUAAAGCAGAGGUUGAUAGGUAAUUAGUACCGAUGUCAAAGAUGAAGGGAUUGAGAAAGAAAAUAAAUUAGCCAUGGUUGAAUGGGGGAGCAGAUUCAAUGAGCCAAAUGGUCAAAUUCUGAUGCUGCAAUUUAUAGUCCCAUACUGGAUCCAAGUUCCACAAUUCCUGAUACCGUAUUUGCUGCUGCUUCCUCUGCUGGGUCAAGACCAUUACAGCAUUGCUGUCAGGUAUGUUAUGUAGGUCUAGAUGUUAAUGCCCCUUAUUUGCACUCCUGAGACAUGCUGCCUAGACUCUGUGGGGUGGCCAAGUGUCUGGUGGCAUCUUCUGGGUUAUCAAGUGGGUGCCCUCUUUCCUCAGUGUUUCCUCAAGCCCACGACACCUCCGGAGGGUUCAGCAUUGAAUCCCGGCAUCCCAGGCUCACCCCCUAGAUGCCUUUCACUCACUUGGGGGCCCAGAUGGAAUCCUUUCUCUUCAUCCAGAGCCACUGACUACCCUUUUCAGCAGCUCUGGAGAGGUCUUUGACUGCUUGUCAGUGUGUCUUCCCUCGCACUCCCAGCUCCCGGAGUAGCCUUGAUGUUGAUGAGGCUACAAAUCCUCUGCAGCCUACUUCCACCGGUCGGACCUUUGCUUUCCAGCCACGUUGUUGCACAUUGACUGUAAGCUCAGCAUACCUCAGCUUCUUGCGCUCGUAGGCCUCCUCCACUGCAUCCUCCCAGGGCACUGUAAGCUCGAUGAUGUAAACAAGAUGGAGUGAGGCCAAUCAUAGCACAAGGUCUGGUCAGAGGUUGGCUUCUGCAAUUUCAGUUGGGAAGCAGAGCCCUUGGCCUAAGUUUGCCACCAUCUUCCAAUCACAUGCCCCACCGAGCUGCCCGGUGUCUGGUCUCGAUGUAUCGAGUCUGGCUUGACCCUCACCUUCCUGGACAAAUGCUGUUAAUGGCCAGUGGGAUGAAGGGGGAGGGAGAGUGUUGACGCUCAUCCGCCGACUUUCCGGCACUGCUGCAAGACACCAUAGCACCUAGUUGUGCUGGCAGGUGUAUUGGCCUUGAGUAAGGCUGGUCUUGCAGCCCACCAGAAUGUGUUUUAGUGUUGCUGAAGUCGGGCAGAGGGAGCAUGUGGGGUCCUUUCCAUACCACUGGCUGAGAUUCAUGGGAGACGUCAUAGGCAGCCAUGUUGGUGAAGCUCGUUCUGAACGUCCCCAUCUCCCACAGCUCUUUCCAGGAGAUCUUUCUUUUCUUCACUCCCUCCCAUCUCAUCCAUUGCCCUUGCCUUGCCUGAGCGAUGGCCUUUGCGCCCCUUACCGCCUCCUCCUGCCGACGUAUCUCCUGCGUCACGAGCCUGCGUCUCUGAGACGGAGCAGCCUUGUUCCAGGCUGGUGUACUGUCCCCAAGGCCAAGACCGCUCCUCCCCGCUGCACUCGGCCCACGAUGUCCCUGUGCUCGAGAGUCGCCUUUGCUUGCUCGGUUGCUCCUGAUGGAGUCCAUUUCCUCCCAGUAUCCAGGAUGAGGGUAGCUUGUGCUACAAAUAGAUCACUCGCCUCUGUUAACAUCAUCUCCAGUCCUAUUUUGGUGUACUUGUACUCCUCUGAAAGACUGGAAAUGGGUAUCUCUAGGACUCCUUUGCUGUAGAGCAAAUCCUUUCUCUUCAUCCAGAGCCACUGACUACAAUUUUCAGCACCUCUGGAGAGGUCUUUGACUACUUGUCGGUGUGACUUCCCUCACGCUCCCAACCCCUGGAAUAGCCUUGAUAUUGUUGUGGCUACAAAUCCAGUUUACACUGCCACUCUUCACCUCCCCUUUAGCCCCAGAUUUGCUCUCCCUUGGAGGAUGCGCACUUCAGAAAGCUGGUAUAUUUUGGUCAGUAAAUUAGAAUGACUGAGCAUUGAAUGGUAAAAACAUCCUGUGCUGUGUGGGAACUCCAGCUGCUACUAGGGUCGCAGGUUGUACUGUCAAAUGGAGCACGAGCUGCAGAGAACUACGGUGGUAGUACAUUUCAGGAGUUAGCACCCGACUCUUUUCACAACUUCAUGGUGCAAGAGUUCUUCCAAAGCAAGCUUCCUCCAGAGGUACAUCCAAUAUUAUCUACAUCCAAAUAUUGGUGUGAUUAAUAUGUUUUCAUAUCCCAUUCAGCCCAAUGAGUCUGUACUAGCUUUCAAAGUUUUUCCUCGGUUACAUUCCCAUAUUUAUUUUUAUGCAGCCUGUUGUAUCUCACGUCUCCUUCAGCUCACUCCUCAUUCUCCUCUGCUUUAGGGACAAUUUACAACAGCCAACUAACUGGCCAGCAUGUCUUUGUGUAAUGGGAGGAAUCCCACACAAGUAACAGAAAGAAUAUUCUCAUUCACUCACUACACAAGGUCAAGAUCGAACCUGGGUCACCAAGAAAGUGUGGCAGCACCACUGUACUGCCAGACAUUUCUGGUUGAUCCUCACAUUUUUGGCAAUACCAGUCUUAACCCAGCUAUUGGUCAAUAGUCUAACAGUUAUGCAAAAACAAGUAUACAGUGGCAUGCAAAAGUUUGGGCACCCCUGGUCAAAAUUUCUGUUACCGUGAAUAGCUAAGUGAGUAAAAGAUGAACUGAUUUCCAAAAGGCAUAAAGUUAAAGAUGACACAUUUCUUUAAUAUUUUAAGCAAGAUUACUUUUUUUAUUUCCAUCUUGUACAGUUUCAAAAUAACAAAAAAGGAAAAGGGCCCAAAGCGAAAGUUUGGGCACUCUGCAUGGCAGUACUUAGUAACACCCCCUUUGGCAAGUAUCAUGGUUUGUAAACGCUUUUUGUAGCCAGCUAAGAGUCUUUCAAUUCUUGUUUGGGGGAUUUUCGCCCAUUCUUCCUUGCAAAAGGCUUCUAGUUCUGUGAGAUUCUUGGGUCAUCUUGCCUGCACUGCUCUUUUGAAGUCUAUCCACAGAUUUUCAAUGAUGUUUAGGUCAGGGGACUGUGAGGGCCAUAGCAAAACCUUCAGCUUACGCCUCUUGAGGUAGUCCAUUGUGGAUUUUGAGGUGUGUUUAGGUUCAUUAUCCUGUUGUAGAAGCCAUCCUCUUUUCUUCUUUGGCUUUUCUACAGACGGUGUGAUGUUUGCUUCCAGAAUUUGCUGGUAUUUAAUUGAAUUCAUUCUUCCCACUGCCAGUAAAUGUUCCCCGUGCCAGUGGCUGCAACACAAGCCCAAAGCAUGAUUGAUCCACCCCCAUGCUUAACAGUUGGAGAGGUGUUCUUUUCAAGAAAUUCUGCACCCUUUUUUCUCCAAACAUACCUUUGCUCAUUGUGGCCAAAAAGUUCUAUUCAAAAGGUUCAAAGGAACAUCUAAACAAGCCUGAUGCAUUUUGGAAACAAGUCCUGUGGACUGAUGAAGUUAAAAUAGAAGUUCUUGGCCGUAAUAAGAUGGAGAGAAAUAGAGAGGGUAAAGAUCGAGAAGUUUACUGGUUAGGUUGCAUAUUACGUAUUGUGCACUGUCCUUGUCACUACACUACAGCGAGAAUGCAAUUGUACUGGACAGAGUGCAGACAAAGUUCACUAGUAUAUUACAUAGAACAUAGAAUAUAGCACAGUACAGGCCGUUCGGCCCAGGAUGUUGUACCAACCUUGUAUCCUACUCCAAGAUCAAUCUCACCCUUCCCUCCGACAUAGCUUUCUAUUAUUUUUCUAUUCAUGUCCCUAUCUAAGUCUCUUAAAUCUCCCCAAUGUACCUGCAUCUACCACCAUCCCUGGUAGUGUGUAUUAGCCAUUUCCACCCUGAACAGCAGUGGCUGUCCAACCUAUCUGCAGUAUGUCUCUUAGUAUCUUAUACACUUCUAUCAAGUCACCUCUUAUUUUCCUUCCUUCCAAAGAGGAAACCCUGGUUCAAUUAACCUGAUAAGGUAAAACUAGAGUGAUGCGAACAAGCUGUAAAUAAGGGUAUUUGGUCAACAAGUAAAUGGGAGCUGUCAGAAUAGAGACUAAAGAACAUACACGGAAUAAUGUAGAAAUUGCAAAAUGCAGAGCAGGAGGGCAUACCUAGCCAUUUCUCUUCUCGUAUAUCUAGCCUAAAUAGCUAUGCAUUUCUGAUGUUAAUUUAGUAUGGGGAAAGGUUAUCCAUUCUUCAGUGCAAUACAUUGAACACCACUUCAGUUUGUCUACGCAUAUUCAUACACCUUUGACAUGACUACAUUUCAGGUUUGGACCAGCAAUGGUUCAAAGAUGGUUAAAUUAAAAGGGUAGGGUGUCAGGAUGGUUAGAGGAAAGAAACAGUUUUGAUGAGACUCUUUAAAUGUCUUAUUCUCUAACUUACCUGUAGCUCUCAUUCAUGUCAGUUUGACAUUGUACAAUGUUGUGAACUCCAGGUAUCUCUUGAAAGGAAAUAUUGACAGCCGUCUGGAAUUUUAGUUGCAGGAAAUGGUAAUCAGUUGGAGGAAGGUCGGUGAUAAUCAAUUAUGGAUUGAUCCAGUCACAGCCAAUAUGUAAACUGAUGCAAGAAACUAUCAUUACCUGCCAGGACUCUGCGCUUAAUAACACAAAAUCACAGUGUUGAUAAAUAACAAAUAAUUCAAUUAUCCUCAAAUUAUUUACAAGGCAUUAAUUCAUAAAUGAAAAUAUUUAAGAUAGAAUUUUUAAAAUGAUGCAUAAAAAUAACAUUCACUGCAGAAUUAAAAUACAGUAAGAUACAACUAAAUUUAAGCUUAUGAUAUAGACAAUUCUUUAUUUCCUAUACUCACGGGCCACAUGACUUAUAAAAAGUUUGUACUUAUUAAUUAGCAAUGUAAAUAUUUUUAUUAAGAUCAUAUUCAAUAAUCAAUAUUGACAUGCAUUAGAGUGGUGAACAGUAAAGAUGUACUAAAUAUUGAUGUGACAACAUUGAUCUAUACUAAGUGGCAACUUUAGUGGGUAUACCUGCUCGUUAAUGCAAAUAUCUACUCUGGCAAUCAUGUGGCAGUAACCCAAUGCAUAAAAGCACGCAGACAUGGUCAAGAGGUUCAGGUGUUCAGAAUGAGGAAGAAAUGUGUUCUAAGCAACUUUGACCAUGGAAUAAUUGUUGGUGCCAGGCAGCGUGGUUUGAACUGCUCAGAAACUGCUGAUCUCCUUGGAUUUUCAUGCACAACCAUUUACAGGGAAUGGUGAGGAAAAACUAAAAAAACACAUUCAGUAAAUGGCAGUUCUGUGGGUGAAAAUGCCUUGUUAAUGAAAGAUCUGAGGAGAAUGGCCAGACUGGAUCAAGCUGACAGCAACUCAAAUAACCAUGUGUUACAACGGUGCUGUGUAGAAGAGCAUCUCCCAAUGCACAACAUGUCAAAUGUUGAAGUGGAUAGACUACAGCAACAUGAACCCCCAUUCAGUGGCCACUUUGUUAGAUGCAUAAAGUGUCCAUCAAGUUCAUAAUCGCAGAGCAUAUUCAAGCCUAGACACAGUGCAAAUUCCCAUCAAGUUCAUAAUUGAAAAGGGCCCCCAAGCCUAAACAUUCCUAAUAGCCAAUGAAAAUGGAACAGUUUUACAGUAUAGAUUUUAUGUUAGGGAGAAUGGGUGAAAUAGCAAGGCUUUAAAAAUUGAAGAUAGCUCAAUUAGCAUGCAGACGUUGCUAAGCCUGCGUUUCAAAACUCAAUCUAUAGUAGGAGGUAAUGAGUUAAAUUCAAUAUUGUUACAUAUUGUGAACAGAAUACUUGCUGGAGAUCUUUUUCUGAAGUCGUCAACCAGAAUAUCAACACCAAUAAAUAGGAUGGAAAACGGCUGAGGCAAGGAUCAGAAGGUGUGAUACAGAUAAUGAGUCUAAAAGAAUAAAUUCUUUCAACCUCUGCAAUUGUUGCAAUUUAUUCAAUAUUUUGUUUUCA